AUGACCCAAAAUCGAGGUCAUUUGUGUUCUGCUCAUUUCUUGUUUUACGCAGAUAUCCGCAGUGCGUUUCAUUUUUUCGAUACCAAUGGAGACGGGAUGAUCACGACGGAAGAGCUGGCGACCACAAUGCAAUACUUGGGGAUGCAAGCGUCAAACAGUGAUUUGUUGAGCAUGAUCAAACAAGCGGACGAGGAUGGUAAUGGAUCCAUCGAUUUCAAGGAGUUUGUCCGAAUGAUGACCGAAUACUACUCUCAACUGAUCAAAACAACCGAUAUUUAUCAGCGUGUUUUUGCGGAAUUCGACAACAACGGAGACGGUUAUAUUGAUCCGGACGAGCUUAAACGAAUCAUGUCUAGCAUGGGCGAGUCGUUGACCGAAUCCGAUCUGGACGAGAUGAUCAAAGAGGCUGAUCAGGACGGGGAUGGCAAAGUCAGCUUUCAAGGUACAACCCACAGAUUCGGUAAAGGAAUAGCCGGAACUAGUCCGGACUGA